UGUGCGUGCGGCCCUGGACAGCUGGCCGCUAUGGACCAGACACCGCUGUUUAUAGCCUGUCUGCGCGCCGUGCGCACGCGCAACAAGGAGCUGUCGGCGGCGGCUGAAAGCCGUGUGCUGCCGCGGCGCGCGGCCGGCCCGUUCCAGCGGCGCGCCGCGGACAUCGUGGCGAGCGUGGCGCGGCUGGCCGCCUUCCUGCAGGAGCAUCGGGCCGGCUACCUGAGCACAGGCCGCGCCGACGGACCCGCGCUCUCCGAAGCCGAACGUGACCAGGUGGACGCCGGCGCCCAGGCUAUCACGCGCACCUGCAGUCAGCUGGUGCGCGAGUUCCGGCGCGAGCUGGUGCCGGCGGCCGGCGGCGACCAGGCGGCGCAGCACCGGCAGGCCGUGGCUGACAGCAUGGAGGCCUACCUCAAGACCGUGUGCGGCAUCUACGCCGAGAUGAAGGCGGUGCGCGUGAAGCGGUCCGUCGACCGGCGCAACAUGAGCCAGAUCAUGACGGCAACGCCACGGCCGGCGCCCGCCGCCGACCGCCCAACGCCCCCGGCAGUGCCGCCGGAGGACGGCGGCGGCGGCGGAGCGCCGAGCUGGGAACAGGACCGGCCCAGCUCGCCCCUGCUGCCCGGAGACGAGCUCACGCCAGAGGACCUCCAGAUGCUGCAGGCCGAGAACGACCAGAUGCUCAACGAACUCAACAGCAUGACGAAGAGGUGCGGCUGGUCGAGAGUGCUGGAGCAGGACAAGGACGUUGACCGCAUCGGUGACACUGUGAUCGGCACGACCGAGAACAUCAAGGAUGCCAACGAGCAGCUGCGCAGCGCCAUCAAGAAAAACGCCGGCACCCGCGUGUGGGUCAUGUUCUUCCUCUUGGUGAUAUCGUUCUCGUUGCUUUUCCUAGACUGGUACAACGAUUAA